CGGAGACAGAUCUGGCAGUGAAGCAGAUUGGGGAGAUUCCCUACGGUAUCAUCUGCUCCAUUUGUGGCCUCAGUCAUCGAGCUGAGGAGGUCAAGGCAAAGGUCAGGCACACAGCUGAAGAAGGAUCCGGAGACUCACGAGGAGACGGUUACGGCUACGGCUGCGGCUACGUCUACGAAUGCGCCGCUGACCCCGGUCCGCGAGUAUCAUAGCAACAAGUCUCGUCUUGGCAGCGCGGUGGCGGGUGGGAUUAAGGGGCCUGUGAGACAGGCGAAGAGUAUGGCUGAUUUGAGGCAGGGUUUGGGCAGCUUGGGGUUAGGAGGCGGGCUUGGGAGCUUUGGCCUUGGUGGGUCUAGUGUUAGGGUCAAUGAAAAGAGCAUGGGAACGAGGGAACUGAAGACGGUGUCGGAGGAGGAAUCUGGCGAAGGGAAGGAGAAGGGGAAGGAGAAGGGGAAGGAGAAGGAGAAGGAGAAGGAGCCGGAAGUGGAGUCUAUUGAGAUCCGCUUCGGAGGCAAAAAGUGCGACGGUUGUGGAUGGUUGCUCAAAACCGAGGGAGGGUUCUGCUUCAAGAUCGUUGAGAAUGAGGUCGAUGAGGAAGCGAUCAAGGAGGAGAGGAAGAGGAAGGAGGAGGAGGAAAAGAGGAAGAAGCAGGAAGAGGAGAAGAGGAAGAAUGAGGAGAAGAAGCGGAACCGAGCUUCCUUGGUGGAGAGGGGUUACGGGGAGCCGAUUCUGACGAUCAGAGGGGUCAGGCAUCCGAAUCCGUUGAGGUCGAAUCCGGUAACGGAGGAGGAUUUGAGGCUGUGCCGUGGUGAGGGGAUGGGAGGAAAGUGAUAGUGAGAGUGCAGGUGGAGCUCUGAGGGUCCCACUUCGGUAGGUGAUUGGAGGUAGUGGUUGGGGAUGGGACUUUCAUGGCUGUGCUUUGGGGGUAUCUCCUGAUGCCUAUAUCAAGGCGUUGGUUUCAAGGGUUCGUCGAUGGGCGGCAUAUUGGACGCAGGAUUGGAGGAUCGGUUGAAGACCUCUAGUGAAUUCGCUCGUAUACCGGCUUCUCGUACGAAGGCGUCGGAUGAGAG